ACGUGUAACUUUAAAAAAAUAACUUCUUCCUUAGGAUAUGCGAACAAAAUACAAUGCCGAGAAGAAAUCCUCACCAACACCUUCUCAGGAGUCGUUAUCCCUCUCCGCCCCUCCCCCCAGCCCUGAGGCACCUCUCGGUCCCUCCGCGCCCUUCUGUCCUAAACCCUUCUGCGUCUACUCUGGACACACAUCAGAUCUCCUAGACGUAUCCUGGUCUAAGAACUACUUCCUUCUGUCGUCUUCUAUGGACAAGACAGUGAGACUGUGGCACAUCUCCCGCGGGGAGUGUCUCUGCUGCUUCCAGCAUAUAGACUUCGUGACCGCGAUAGUGUUCCAUCCCAGGGAUGAUCGGUACUUCCUCUCCGGCAGUCUGGAUGGGAAACUCAGGCUCUGGAACAUUCCUGACAAAAAGGUGGCGGUAUGGAAUGAAGUGGACGGCAAAACGAAACUGAUAACCGCAGCUAACUUCUGUCAGAAUGGUAAAUUCGCUGUAGUCGGCACAUACGACGGUCGCUGCAUCUUCUACACUACAGACCAGCUAAAAUACCACACACAGAUAGACGUGCGAUCCACGCGCGGAAAGAAUUCCACCGGACGCAAAAUAAGCGGCAUAGAACCCAUGCCUAACGACGACAAGAUAUUAGUCACGUCCAACGACAGUAGAAUACGACUCUACGAUUUAAGAGACUUAAAUCUAUCUUGUAAAUACAAAGGCUACGUGAACGUAUCCAGUCAAAUCAAAGCCUCGUUCUCUCACGAUGGGAAAUACAUCGUCAGCGGUUCAGAAAACCAAUGCAUUUACAUAUGGAAGACGUAUCACGAUUAUUCAAAGUUCAGUUCUGUGCGGAGAGACAGGAACGAUUUCUGGGAGGGUAUAAAGGCGCACAACGCGGUGGUGACGUGCGCCGUGUUCGCGCCCAACCCCGACCACAUGAUACGUAUGAUAGCGGAGCGGGAGGCUGAACACAGCAUGGCCGACAACACCCCGGAGGAGCGGGAGGAAGCGAAGGCUGCGGAGGGCGGCAUGGUGUCGUCCUCUCAGACGGGGCACGUGCUGGUGAGCGCGGACUUCAACGGCUGCAUCAAGGUGUUCGUGCACAAAGCCAAGCCCAAACACAGCUCGCUGCCCGCCUCCGCGCUCGCUUAGCCCGCACAGCUAAAUAACUUUACUGGAAAACAUA